AUGGUUCAAGCGAAUUGUAAAGUUAAGAAUACUGCACGUACCACAGUUCGAAAAUUAUCAUCAACAAACAAACGAAUAGGAUCACGUAUUCGUAUUCAACAAAAUAUAUUAAAUAAUACUAAUAAAACUCGUUCUUCAACACGUGUUGGACAUAGAAUAAAUAAUUUUGCUAAUCGACAUGAACGUUCAACAAAUGCAAUACGAGAAUCAAAUAAAACAAUAAAACGUUUAUCAUCAAUUAAUUCACAAAAAAGAAAAAGAACUAUAAAAAGUCAAUUAAAUAAUAAGAAAAAAGGUACAAUAAUUAAUAAGAAUAAUAAUAAUCUACGACAACAAAUAGAAUCUGAUCAACAAAAAAAUAAACCUUCAUUAAUAUCUACAACAACAAUAGCAAAUAUAACCCGACCUGAUGAUGAAUUUCAUCGUGAAUCAAAUUUUGAAACAAAUGAAUAA